AUGGUGCGUUCUGCGGCCUUCAAAUCAUCAGUUUCUUCGGCAUCGACGGUCCGUUCUGUUGUUGCUGAUAUUCGGCUGGAGGACUCUACAGUUGCUGGUGUGGCCUUUGUUCUUGCAGUUGCUCGACUUCGGGCAUUCCACGAGUUUCUGUACAAUGGCCUUCUAUACGAUCCAAAUUAUCAGAGUGUAGUGAACGUGCAGUUCCUUAUGCAGCAGCUUAAGUCCCAUCUAAUCAUGGCCAGAGAACGCCACUGUUAUCUUGGGAAAUGA